AUGUCGGCCACGGCUGGGGAGGACGCGGGCGACCGCAAUGUGGAAAUCUGGAAGAUAAAGAAGCUGAUCAAGAAUUUGGAACUUGCACGAGGUAAUGGAACUUCAAUGAUCUCUCUGAUCAUUCCUCCACGUGAUCAAAUCCCGCGAGUUGCUCGAAUGUUGGCCGAUGAGUACGGGACUGCGUCGAACAUCAAAUCGCGAGUGAAUCGACUCUCCGUGCUUGCAGCUAUCACAUCUGUACAAGGGCGUUUGAAGCUAUACACUAAAGUACCACCAAACGGACUUGUUAUCUACUGUGGAACGAUUUUGACGGAUGAGGGUAAAGAAAAGAAAGUCAACAUUGAUUUCGAGCCGUUCAAGCCCAUCAACACCUCACUCUACUUGUGCGACAACAAAUUCCACACUGAGGCUCUCCAAGCUCUCCUUACCGAUGAUACAAAGUUCGGCUUCAUCAUUAUGGACGGAAACGGGGCUCUCUUCGGAACUCUACAAGGAAAUGCUCGAGAAGUCCUUCACAAAUUCAACGUCGAGUUGCCAAAGAAGCACGGGCGAGGAGGUCAAUCAGCGCUUCGAUUUGCUCGUCUGCGAAUGGAGAAACGACACAAUUACGUUAGAAAAGUUGCCGAAAUUGCCGUUGAGAUGUUCAUCAAAAGUGAUAAGGUAACUGUUGCUGGACUUGUCCUUGCCGGAUCGGCUGAUUUCAAGACUGAACUUGGACAAUCCGAUAUGUUUGAUCAAAGGCUACAAGUGAAAAUCAUCAAAACAGUCGACAUUUCCUAUGGAGGCGAGAACGGAUUCAAUCAAGCGAUAGAAUUGGCCGCCGACUCGUUGGCAAACGUGAAGUUCAUUCAGGAAAAGAAGCUAAUCCAAUCGUAUUUCGAUGAGAUCAGUCAGGAUACCGGCAAAUAUGUGUACGGUGUUAAAGACACACUACAAGGACUCGAAAUGGGUGCCAUUGAAACAUUGAUAUGCUGGGAAAAUUUGGAUAUCAUGCGAUACAAACUUCGAAGCAACAGUGGAGAUGACAAAGUUCUCAACUUGCGUCCCGAAGAAGAGAAGGACAAGUCGCAUUUCAUGGACAAAGAUACGAACACCGAAUUGGAGCUGGUUGAGUCGAUGUCUCUACUGGAGUGGCUUGCCAACAACUACAAGACUUUCGGAGCGGCUCUCGAAAUCGUCACCGACAAGUCACAAGAGGGCGCGCAGUUCGUCCGCGGAUUUGGAGGCAUUGGGGGCCUUCUUCGAUAUCGCCCACCGUUCGCGUUCUUCGGUGCAUAUCCCUUCGACUGCACUCUGGCCAGUGAGAAACCAUUCCACAACAACACGGGGCCAUUUUGCAGUACCGGUUUCGCUCACGGG